AUGUCUCUGACUGACGAGGAUUUUCUGUGGUGUGUUUCACGUGUGUGCCUCCGUGCACAAAACCACGCCACGGGUUAUAUAUACAUUCACUACACGGUCUCUGCUCUUCUCGUUCCCCUCGGACGGGUGCUGCGCUUUGAUUUCAUCGCCCUCCCAAGAAUGGACGGCGCGAUUGGGUGGCUGGCGGGCAGCAUCCUGGACACCCUCUCCGCCGCGCAGCUGCAGGCGUGGAUCCGCCGGGCGGGGCUCGCCCAUGACAUCCAGAUGCUCGAGGCGGAGGUCGAGAUGGUGGACAUCGGAUACGCCGCCGUGGGCGUGAGGGCCGGGGACAGGCCGCUGCUGGCCCGCUCCCUCGCCCGCCUCCAGGAUCUGCUCCACCAAGCCGACGACCUCGUCGACGAGCUGGACUUCCACCGCCUCCUCCACACUUUCACCUCGCCGCCUGCUACGGCUUCUUCUCCAGGGAAAGUAGUCGGGUGCAAUGACACGCCCAUACAAUCUACGCUCGCCGACCUCUUCAUCCACUCCCCUUGUACAGAUUCAUCCUCAGAUGAUGCUUUGGGCGAUCAGGAAGACGUAUUUGGGGGUGUGCAACUCCAUGAAAAAUACAGGGGAGAUAUGGAUAUGGUGACUAGCCAGGUUGCCAAUAAGAGGCAGUCGUUUUCGAUAUGGGAGCAUUACGAGCUCGUGGACCAAGAUGGAAACGAUUGUCGGGUCAAAUGUGUUCGCUGCGGCUCGGAGCUGAUGGUUAGGCACGGAUUGAGCCCAUCGCAUUUGAGGCGCCAUGUCAGGAGUGCAUCUUGUGAGAACAAAAGCGAAGCAACUCAAUUUUUGAACCGCACACAUAGUGCUCGGAGAGAGCAGGAAGACAUAUUUGGGGCAGUGCUAGUCAAUAAGAAAUCAAGGGGAGAUAUAUAUGCACAGAGUAGGCAGGGUGGCAAGACACGGUCACCGGUAUGGGAGCACUUUGUCAUCUCGGAAGCUGAUGAGAACAGCAGGCCUGUGAAAGCCAAGUGUGUUCACUGUGGCUCGGAGCUCAACUGUGGACCCAAACAUGGGACAUCAGGUUUGAAACGCCAUAUUGAUAGUGCAGCUUGUACCAAGAAAAAACAUGCAGCCGACAAGCCGCUAAACACUUCAAGCAGCGCUGACAGUAUAGAAAAUGUUGAAACUGUUGUGAUUCCUGGUUCACACAGCAGAAAAAGGAGUAGAAUGGAUGCGGAGUCAACAUGCGGGACCAAGCCUAAAACACACCUUUGGAACAAGGCUGAAUCUUUGCAUAGGAUACAAGAAAUAACUCGCCUGUUACAAGACAUAUCAGGGGUUCUGAGUAAGGUUCUCAAGUUAUAUGGAUCAGAUUUUGUUGCAAGCUCAAAUCACUAUCGAAGUACAAUAUCAGAUCAACACCUACAAACAUCAAGUGUUAUUGCAAGGAAAGUCUAUGGAAGAGUUACAGAGAAGGACUACAUCAUAAAGUUCAUGACACAAGACAAACCCGAUGGUUCAUUUGUUCUUCCUAUUGUAGGCAGUGCAGGAGUUGGGAAGACUGCUCUUGCUCAGCUUGUAUACAAUGACCCAAUCGUGGCAGAGCACUUUGACCAAAGGAUAUGGGUUUCGGUGUCUAACAACUUCGAUGAACUAAGACUCUCUAGAGAGAUCUUAGAUUUUGUCUCUCAGAAGCAAACACAUGAAGGAAUAUGCAGCUUUGCCAAGCUUCAGGAGGUCUUGAAGAUGCAUAUCACAUCAAAGAGGGUUCUGCUUAUUUUUGAUGAUGUUUGGGAUGACUCUAACUUCCGCAGAUGGAGCCAACUAUUGGCUCCUUUGCAGUGUGGCACAAAGGGUGCUGUGAUUCUUUUGACAACUCAAAAAUUGUCUGUUGCACAAACUGUUGGUACAGUUGAACCAAUUAAGUUACGUAGUUUAGCAUAUGACGAUUUUUGGUUAUUAUUUAAAUCAUGUGCAUUUGGUGAUGAGAAGUAUGAAAGGAAUCAAAAUCUUAGCAUCAUUGGAUUGCAAAUAGUAGAGAAGUUAAAGGGAAACCCAUUAGCAGCAGCAACAGUAGGGGAACUAUUACGAAGGAGCCUUACUAUUGAUCAUUGGAAUAACAUUCUGAAGAAUGAAGAUUGGAAAUCUCUGCAACUCAGUGGAGGUAUAAUGUCUGCUCUGAAGCUUAGCUAUGAUCAGCUCCCCUACAAUUUACAACAAUGCUUCUUAUGUUGUGCUUUAUUCCCCGAGAAAUAUCAGUUCCUCGAUGAGGAGCUGGCCCGAAUUUGGAUUUCCCAGGGAUUUGUGAAGUGUGAUAAUUCAAGUAAGACACUUGAGGAGAAAGGAUUGGACUAUCUGGCUGAUCUUGUGAACUUGGGCUUCUUUCAGCAAGUCGAAAGAGAAGAGACCGAUCAAACUUGCUACAUUAUGCAUGAUCUUAUGCAUGAUCUUGCUAGGGUAGUCUCAAGAACUGAGUUUGCAACUAUAGAUGGCCUGCAGUACUGUGAGAUCCUGCCAACUAUACGCCAUUUAUCAAUAGUAAGUGAUUCUGGAUACAACGCAGAUCAGCAUGGAGACAAACCUCGCAAUAAGAAGUUUGAGAAGAAAAUGCUUGCUGGAUGUACAUCGCUGAGGAAAUUGAGGACAUUGGUAUUCAUUGGGCAGUAUGACAUGUUCUUCAAAUCCUUUCAGGAUAUAUUCCGGGAGGCACAUAAUUUGCGCCUGCUACAAAUUUCUGCAGCAUCUGAUGGUUUAAAUCCUUUACUGUGCAGUUCUGUGAAUUUGAAACAUCUUCGCUACUUGGACAUCAAAGCUGCUGAUGGGCUUGGUGCUUUGCCUCAAAUUUUGAGCAAGUUUUGCCAUCUUCAAGUAUUACAUGUUGGCUCAUACACCAAUCCUACUAUGCCUGUCAGCAUUGACCAUGUUUUUAGGUUGCGGCAUCUUGUUAUAGAAGAGGGGGCAUACUCUUCCAUUGCUAACAUUGGUAACCUGACAUCUCUUCAGGAGCUACCCAAUUUUGUGGUUCAGAAUUCAAGCGGCUUUGAGAUAACACAACUCCAGUCCAUGAAAGAGCUUGUACGACUUGGGGUGUCUCAACUUGAAAAUGUUAAAACUCGGGAGGAGGCUUAUGGGGCAGGAUUAAGAGAGAAGCAACACUUGAAAGUGUUGCACUUGUCCUGGGGAGUUGCCUCGUCAGAUGGUGAAUAUGGUAGGGACAUGAACUCUGUUACAGAUUGGUUGUCGGAGGAUGUUAUCGAGGGCCUUAAACCACAGAAUAACCUAAAGCAUCUGCGGAUAUCUGGGUACAAUGGGCAUCUCUCCCCAAUUUGGCUUGCCUCGGUUACCUCUUUGCAAACGCUUCAUAUAGAGGGUUGUGGAAAAUUGGAAAUGCUUACAUCUAUUGAACAGCUUCCUUUUCUUAGAAAGCUGAAGUUGAUGAAACUGCCAAGUAUGACAGAAAUGUCAAUUCCUUCAUUGGUGGAACUGGUAUUAAUUCAAAUGCCGAAGUUGGAGCGGUUUUCCUGCAUUUCCACUAGGGACUUGAGCUCUGAUUUAAGGGUUCUGAAGAUUAAGAAGUGUCCUGCAGUGAAGAUCUUUCCUCUAUUUGAGAGCUCGCUGAAAUUUAAAAUCGAGCAGAAGUCAUGGUUGCCCAGUCUGAGGGAACUCGUUAUCCAUGGAUGUCCUAAUUUACUUGUGCCACAUGCCAUUCCUCUAUCACCUACAAUUUCCAAACUAUCCGUCGUUGACGUUCCAACACUCCCAAGGAUAGAGGGAUCUUCUGGUGACACAUUAACAGUUGGAUCCAGAAGUGAGGGCUAUGAUAAUUUUGAUCCUUCUUCUGAUGUGAUGACUACACUGGAUUGCAAAAUUUUGGCAUUCCACAACCUGAGGGGCCUCAGAUACUUGCGUAUAGAUGGUUGCCAAAAUCUAGUGUCUAUUGCAUUCACAGGAUUAGGGGAACUUAUUUCUUUAAGGAGUUUGGAAAUAUGUAGCUGUCGAAAACUUUUCUCGUCAAAUGUUAUACCAGAGCAUACCCGUUCAGAUGAGACAGCUGCAAGUUGCAAGCCCCUCCCAUCUCUCGUCACUCUCAGAAUUAAGUGUUGUGGAAUAGCAGGAAAGUGGCUAUCUUCGAUGCUGGGAUAUGUGCCGGCCCUGGUGGAAUUAUUUUUAGAGGACUGCCCUGGGAUAACACAGUUAACGAUAGAAGGAGAAGAAGAAGAAAACAUUCAACCUUAUGGUACCUCAGUUCCAGUGGAUUCAUCAUCAGGAGGUCCAGAUGACACAUUGCUGACAAGCUCAGCCCAAGAUGGACUCUUGUGCCUUCCACUAAAUCUCAUGUCCUCUCUCAAGAAGAUAUCGAUUUGGGAGUGCCCCCAUCUAGUAUUUCACAGGAAUAACAAAGACUUGUCUGGAUUUACCUGCCUUGAGAAGCUAACAAUUUGGGGAUGCCCCGGGCUGCUCUCAUCUUUGGUGGAUAAAGAUGGAAAUGAUGAUCAGAGGAACGGAAGAUGGCUCCUACCGAAAUCACUUGUAGAACUCGAGAUCCGUGGUGAUUCACCGGAAAUGCUGCAGCCCUGUUUUGCAGGGAAUGUAACCAACCUCAAAAAUAUAGAAGUGUGGUUCAGCCCAAGUCUGAGAUCUCUACAGCUGCAUACCUGCACAUCACUGGAAGAGUUGAUAAUUGGAAACUGUGGAUCACUUGCCGCACCAGAGAGCUUGCAGUUCCUUGGCAGCCUUAAGUAUUUGAAAGUAUUCAGAUCCCCUGGUGUGCUUCCAUGUUUGGAGAAUUUGUCAAAGCAGGGCUAUGCUUUAUUCCCUGGACUAAAAAGGCUUGUGACCGAUGGCCCCUCUGUCUUUACCAUGUCAGUCUGCAAGCAACUCAACUCCCUCCAACGCCUAGAACUUGAAAACUGGGAGUUUGUAACGAGACUAACAGAGGGGCAGGAGAGAGGGCUUCAGCUUCUGACAUCAUUGGAAGAGCUGGAAUUCCGGGGUUGCAGUUCCGAUCUCAAAUAUCUUCCUGCGGGGUUGCACAGCCUUCCUUCGCUCAAGAGGUUGAAGGUCAAUGGUUGUUUAGGAAUCUCAAGGCUGCCGGAAAAGGGCCUCCCAUCCUCGCUGCAAGAACUGGAUAUCAGCAAUUGCAGCAAGGUGUUUAAUGAUCACUGCAAGUCUCUAGCAACAGGGAAGCUAAAGGUCAAAAUUGUUGGAAAUACACAAACUGCUUAA